AUGUACCAUCUAAUAGAAACCGAAUUAACUCUAAUGGAUGGUAUUCCACAAAGCAAUGAAAUUAAACGGAUAUUCCUACUUGAUAGGUAUUAUCCUGAAAUUACAGUUCGUUACGGACAAAUUAAAUACUGGAACAUUGCUAAAGACAUUCCGGCACUGUCUCAGGAUAUUGUGGAUAUUUUCAUAUUCCAUGAACGUUUUAUUAUAAUUUUAGCCAGUUCCACACAUUUCUAUGGUUUUACCUCCCAAAUUCUUACUCUUCCCUUUGUGAGCUGCCAUACCAUGAACCUCUUCAUUAUUUUAGAACAUAUAUUGGAUUAUAACGAGGUCAGGUGUCUAGGCCCUCUCAGAAAUGGUGCACCUUCAAAACUUCCAAUUAUACUCGAUGAACGUGAAGCCCAUAUAAAAAUUUAUGUUGAUAUCAGGCAUAACCUAAGAGAACUAGAAAUAAAUUCGAAAGAAAUUAGAAAAUUCUCCAAAAAAUUAUUUGGUGUUUAUCCAAAAAGACCGGUUUUUUUCUAUUUUUCUAAAAGAAGUAUCGAGAGGAGGAUUUUAUGGCAAGAGGCGAUGUUCUACCAUUUGAACUUCACAUCUAACCAAAGGUGGAUCGUUUGGAGUUCAUCAAUAGUGGGCCUCUGCUGUAUUCCCCCCACGGUAACAGGGAUAAUAAUCGAGCCAUACAGGCCCGAUCAUGUUUCCAUAACAAUAUCGACAGUUGCACUGGCAAUAAUCGUUAUUUCGGCUAUGGUGCUAUCUAACCAGCCGAGUUUCACCGGCCGUUAUUUGAAGUGCUGGAGAAUUGCGGCUUUCCUUUACCUUCAAAAUGGCAUUAUAAAAUCUUGUCGAAUGAUUUUCUUCCUGAAGGAUCUCGACAAAGAGGCAGAAUAUUAUAAAAAAGAAGGUGAAGGUGAAGGUGAAGGUAAAGGUGAAGGCGAAGGUGAAGGUGAAGGUGAAGGUGAUGGUGAAAAUGGAAAUAAAGUACAGAAAUUGCUUAGGGCCCUGCCAUAUUAUCCAAUAAAUAACAUUACAGAUAUUCCAGAAAGUUUUGUACUAGAAGAGAAAUGA